GUUCAGUUCCGUUCCGUUCCGUUGUGAUCCUUCUCAAACACAGACAGACCCUUUCGAAGAAGCAGUCAUGGCGACGACGACUUCGACUGCUGCCCCGUUCGAAUACAACACUGCUGCCAAGUGGACUGUGCGCGAGCAGCUCAUUCUGGCGCAGGCAGUGCUGGCGCACGGCGAGAACAACUGGGACGCGGUGUGCCAGGCGCUGCUGUGCUUUGCGGAUGUGCCAUACAGCACGACGCUGAACAACGUCACCAACGUGCGCUCGGCCGAGUGGUUUACGCCCAAGCGAUGCCAGGCGCAGUAUGCAGAGCUCGUCGAGGCGCACGGGACGCCCAAGCGCAAACGCGGAGACGCGAGCGCCGUCGCAGAGCUUCCAGCCAUCACCAUUGAGAAGCGGCUCUUUGCGGAUCGCCAAGACGAGCUGCGGAAAUCCAUCACCCACGACUCGAACAACUGCAGAAAGCUGCGUUUGGACAUGCAGCGAAUCGAGGCUGGCGAGCUCGAUGCACAGCUCCCGCACAUCAUUGCCGAGCUGUCCGGAAAUCGCGCCGCUGCUGUUGCUGCUGCUGCUGCUGCUACUGCUGUGGCUAUGGACACGUCUGGAACAAAUGGCCUUGCAGGAACAACAACCGCAGCGGCAGUUGCUGGGACUGCAAUGGGAGCUGCUACUCCUGCUGCAACUUCAGCGGCAGUCCCACUUACUGCUGCUGCUGCUGCUGCGCCAAUCCCACCACCUGCCACCGAUGUUACCGACAUGGACAUUCAGACUGGCCUUGCUGCUCUCGUACGGAACAAGCCUCCUGCCGCCAGCGUGUCUUCGUCGCUCUCUGCCAACUCGCCCAUGGAUUUGGACUCGACAUUGCCAUCGGUCGCUCCCAGCGGCACAGUCACGCCACUGCGCGCCGCUGCCAGUCCCUCGACAGUCGCAACUCCCACUCCAUCUAGCUCCAGUCGGCCCACGCGAGGCUCUGUUCGCACGCGGAAAUCAACUCCGUCGCUCUCUCUGGAUGUCGCGGUUGGAAGCGCCGGCGGUACUCUCCACACUCCCAGCUCGCCAAAUCCAGUCGCUUCCUCGAGCGACAGCAUGCAUGUUGAUACCGAGACGCGAUCAAGACUUGAUCUCCAAAACCCGCCGCCACCUACCAAUGCGGCUUGGAAGAAAUCCAUCAUGAUUGUCUGGCGAAACAUUUCCAACCACCGCUACGCAAAUGUGUUUCUUCGGCCAGUGACCGACGACGAGGUGCCAGGGUAUAGCAGCGUGAUCAAGCGACCGAUGGAUUUAACGACGAUUCGCAAGCGUAUCGACGAUGGUACAAUUCGAUCGACACGAGAUUUUCUGCGAGACAUUUAUCUGAUGUUUGCCAAUGCGCUCAUGUACAAUGACGCGGAUCACGACGUCUACCUGAUGGCGGUCGAGAUGCGCAACGAUGCCCGCGAGCAGAUUCUGGACUUUAUGGAGACAGAGGCGUCGCAACAGGACGAUGGGUCUGGCGGUGGUCAUGCGGCCUCUACUACAGCGGCCGCUGCGAGCUCUGGCGCAUCAGCCGGGACACCUUCGGGGGGUCGUCGUGGUCGAAGUGCCACAACAUCUUCACCGAGUUCAUGAUUUUUUUUUUUUUGAUGGUUGUUUUCCUGGUGGAUUUUGCUGAUGUGGACUAUCAUUCUUAAUGAAGUUUUGACAACUACCAA